CGGGCGAGUUCUCCAGGGUCCGCGAGGCGUGGCCGGAUGACCACUGUCCACUUUUCCUCUUGUCCUCGUCACGCUCCUCGCUUCACGCUUCACCACCAUGUCUUUCAUCCCUGUGGCUGCAGACUCGGACUUCCCCAUCCAGAACCUGCCCUACGGGGUCUUCUCCACCCCGGACAAACCACGGCCACGGAUUGGUGUGGCCAUCGGAGACCAGAUCCUGGACCUCAGUGCCAUUAAGCAUCUUUUCACUGGACCUGUCCUCACCAAACACCAGGAUGUCUUCACUGAGUCAACUCUCAACAGCUUCAUGGGCCUGGGCCCGGCUGCCUGGAAGGAAGCAAGAGCUCUCCUGCAGAACCUGCUGGCUGCCAGCCAAGCCAGGCUUCGGGACGACAAGGAGCUUCGGGGGCGCGCAUUCACCUCGCAGGCUUCGGCCACAAUGCACCUUCCGGCCGCCAUUGGAGACUACACGGACUUCUACUCCUCCAGGCAGCAUGCCACCAACAUUGGAAUCAUGUUCAGGGGCAAAGAGAAUGCACUGAUGCCCAACUGGUUGAGCUUACCAGUGGGCUACCAUGGCCGCGCCUCCUCCGUCGUGGUGUCCGGCACCCCAAUCCGCAGGCCCAUGGGACAGAUGAGGCCUGAUAACUCCCAGCCUCCUGUGUACGGGCCCUGCAAGCGCCUGGAUAUGGAGCUGGAAAUGGCUUUUUUUGUAGGCCCAGGGAACUGCUUGGGAGAGCCCAUCCCCAUUUCCAAGGCCCACGAGCAUAUCUUUGGAAUGGUUCUCAUGAAUGACUGGAGUGCCCGAGACAUUCAGCAGUGGGAGUAUGUCCCCCUUGGGCCGUUCCUCGGAAAGAGCUUUGCCACCACCAUCUCCCCAUGGGUGGUGCCCAUGGAUGCCCUCGCGCCCUUCACUGUGCCCAACCCCAAGCAGGACCCCAGGCCCCUGCCCUACCUCUGCCAUGACCAGCCCUACACGUUUGAUAUCAACCUGUCUGUUGCCCUGAAAGGAGAAGGAAUGAGCCAGGCAGCCACCAUAUGCAGGUCCAACUUCAAGCACAUGUACUGGACCAUGCUGCAGCAGCUGGCGCACCACUCUGUCAACGGCUGCAAUCUGCGGCCAGGUGACCUCCUGGCUUCGGGAACAAUCAGCGGGCCGGAGCCAGAAAACUUUGGCUGCAUGCUGGAGCUGUCCUGGAAGGGGACGAAGGCCAUCGAGCUGGGGCAGGGACAGACCAGGAUGUUUCUGCAAGAUGGGGACAACGUCAUCAUCACAGGGCACUGCCAGGGAGACGGCUACCGUGUGGGCUUUGGCCAGUGCACUGGGAAGGUGCUGCCCGCCCACUCACCACUCUGAGGACUUGCAGGGGUGGGCCUCCCACUGUGGCCACUGCCUGUUGUUUCUUUGGGAUCAAUAAAGCCACUGCACUGUG